CACAGGCAGGCGGUUUCCCAGCCACUAGGCACUUGGGCUAAUAAUAGCCCGUACCCAAUCAAGUCUGGUUAUAUAAUAGAAUCCAUAUUGAUUUGCUAUGGCUGGCCGUACUUGGGCAGCCCCACACAGCCUCUGGGUGCCUCCGGGUUAUCCCCCGCAAUUUCUGCUGCCAUUCCUCCAUCGGCCAUGUCGCCCACUGCCCCCCGUGCGAGGCAGCGCCGCCCCAAGACCUCCGCAGACGAACGAACAUGUUCCAUUUGCUCGCAAACCUUCAAGAAGGCAGAGCACCUGGCCCGGCAUAUCCGGUCGCACACAAAAGAACGCCCGUUCACCUGUGAUGUGUGCGGCAAGUUCUAUGCGAGACCAGACACCCUGUUGCGCCAUACGAGAUCGCAUCGCGGGAAUGCUCAGCCAACGAGACAGACGAGUGAGGGCCCCCAGGCCGGCAUGAUCCAGCCAUCCCAUGCUGCAGAAUCAGCACCAUCCGCUCCUGGACAGGAGCAGAUGCUGUUGGAUCUUCCAACCGACUUGACGGCGUCGAAAUCGGACGCAUCAGUCGACGUACCCGUUCAGCAGAACCAGAACAAUCAAGCCGCGAACCAUCAUGGGGACUUCGUGAUGCCCCAUUGGCCCUCCGCAGAGAUGAAUGACAUUCUCGCCUCCGAGACAAGCCCGUGGGAGAUCCUGCCAGACGGACUAAGAGACCUCGACUGGAUGUCGUGGUUAACAGGGCCUAAUUUUGAUCUCGAGGCACUCAAUCAAUCAUUAAUCGAGACAACCGAGAUGCAACUUACGGAUCUCGUACGAAACCCAGACGAAGCACCGGGCCCAAUUCAGAGACGAUGGCAUACCUUCUCCGAGUCCAUAGUCUCAUCCGGUCAGACGACGCCCGAUCGUCGGCGCCCCGGCAGCAGUGACCGUGACCGCGGUCAUAUCCACAUGAUCCCAGACGAAUCCUAUCGGCAAACGCUGGCCGAGAGUCUGCAACAACGCGUACAGCCCGGGAUUUUGCCAUCCACUGGAUUCUUGGCAAGUGACUUUUGCCUUCAAGCAUAUUUCAAACACUUUCAGUCCAUAUUCCCGCUCAUCCAUGUGCCAACAUUUCGGCCGUCGAAAAAGAAUGCCCUUCUCCUCUUGUCGAUCUGUUCCAUUGGUAGUCUGUUUCUGGGGUCAUCGCGGGCAAUGGCGCACGGCAUAAGCAUGUUUGAAAGGCUGCAGAAGUCAAUCCUUGCCUCGUGGGAUACACAUGUAGCAGGGAUAGGAGACUCGUCCGUCAUUCCGUUGCAGGCGUCAGUGAUAGGCCAAACAUUUGGCCUUCUAGUCGGGAGACCCAAAGAUCUAACGGGAAUUGAGGUGUUCCAUGGUAGUAUAAUUGCGUGGGCACGCAGCGCAAAGCUGUUCAAAGUGGUCGAUGAGCCCCCCAACCCCGUCAAUAUAGAAGGCAGUGGCGAGGAGCUCGAGGCAUCAUGGAAAGCAUGGGCCCGAUUGGAGGAAAAGAAACGUGUUAUCGUAGGCAUCUACAUCCAUGAUGUGGAACUGGCUAAGCUGCACAAUCAUGAGCCCGUCCUACGACAUGCCAUUGAGAAGAUCCCAACCCUAUCCCCACCAGGCGCAUUCACAGCACCCACCGCAGUGGCUUGGAAAAAGCAGCUCCUUCUCACUCAGCAACCAGAUCCCAUCCCUCCCUUACCACCUUCCACAGACCCCAUGUCCCUGGUCGUUGCAAGAAACCCAGGCAACGAUUUCGAAUCGUGCGCCAUUUUAGAGUCCAUCGGAUCAUUGGUCCUAGAGGACCGAGGCUCAGGCGGAAUGCAACACUCGGCAACAGUCGAAAAAUACCAACGGUCCCUCAUCCAGUGGUUCCUACAACGACAAACCCACCACCCAGAAACCAAUGCCCCUCCGUCUAACGCUACCAAGACAACCGCGGAUCCUUUUUGCCUGCGCAUCCUUUGGCAUUCCACCUUCAUGCACUUAUACGCCCGCUUCGAUGACCUCGAAUGCGCCUGCGGCCGAGAAGGCGAGACGCUAUCUCAGCAGAAAGGCGCGUACGCCGCAUGCUGGGCGAAAUCCACAAACGCCACGCGUGCCCUCCUUCACGCGGCGUUGAUCCAGCGACAAUUCCAGACGCACGCGCUGGGGGCCGAGCCAGCCGUUCACGUCCCCAUGGCGCUUUAUUAUACCGGGAUAGCCUGGGCGUCUUUCACUCAAUUUGGCGGGAGUGACGACGCUCGGGUUGAUCGCCACACUGAGGAUCUUGAUUUCCCCGAGCUGAGACUCCUGGGAAUCAAUCAGCGGAAGUUGUUCGCCGAAGUCAUGGGCAACGUCAAGAUGGGGAGACCGGAGUCAGAGCCGUUGUUCAGGGCGAUUGAUUUGCUGGGGAAAAUCAAUCAUUGGAAACUGUCGCAGAAUCUUUCGAGUACUUUGCUGGCGUUUGUGGAAAAUAUGCCGGAUUUAUUUUGAUUCGAUACUAGUUAAUACUAUCAUUCGAGACAGAGAAGUUGAUCCUCUGAGAGGGUUUGGGAACUAAAUUGUAAUACUAUAUACUAUAGUACAUGGCGAGAGAUUUUCCAAUUGCAUGUAAACUUAUCCAUCGAAAGGUCGG